AAAAAUGAAAUCUUUUUUUGUUUCCCAGAAAUAAAAAUUAAAAAUUUGAUUGGAGAGGAGAGGAGCUGAGAGCAAGGGCAGUGAAGUGAGGUGUGGCUUUUUGAUUGGGGAGAGAGAGAGAGAGAGUGUGUGUGAAGAGUGAGAAGUUGACGGUUUAGGGUUUAGGAAGGUUUCUUUCUCCUCCUUUUCCUUUUUUUUCUCCUCUGUUUUGUUCUACUCUGUAAAUAAUCACAACCCAAAAUCAACUCACCUUUCUUCUUCAUCAUCAUCAUCAUCUUCAACAAUGGUGCUUCAUUCUCAUUCUUACUAAGUUGGUAGGUAAGGUGUUUCAUUGUGAAACUCAAACUCAAAACUCAUUUACUGCUGAAAUGUACUGUGUCUGAGAAGAAGAAGAAGAAGAAGAAGAAGAAGGGUUUGUGUGUGAUUUUUGAGGUGUGCCCUCAAUGGCUGAGUGGGGUAUUCGUCCUCAUAUGGUGUUUAAAAACCCCAAUGUAAUUCAAGACAAGAAGAAUCCUUGUUUGCUUUCAUUAGACUCAUCAUCAUCAUCACCUGAACCCAAAGAGAAAGGUGGUGUUGUUGUUGUUGUCAAGACUGAAACCCUUCAAUUACCCCAAGAAGGACUUACCAAGAGGAAGCGCCUUAACCGAACACAACUCAAAGAAGCUAAGGCUGCAAAAUUACAUGGGAAGCAGAAGCAGACUAGUAGUUCUAAGCGUAAGUCCAGGAAGAAGAAUGAUUGUCAAAUAGAAAGGUGGUCUGCUGAGAGGUAUAAGAUGGCAGAGGAAAACAUGUUGGACAUUUUGAAAACUAAAGGAGCAACUUUUCAGAACCCAAUUUCGAGACAAGAACUGAGGGGUGCUGCUCGUAAAUCCAUAGGCGAUACAGGCCUGCUUGAUCAUAUGCUGAAGCAUCUUGAUGGGAAGGUGGCUCCAGGUGGGACUGAGCGGUUUAGAAGGUGGCAUAACAGAGAUGGUGCGAUGGAAUACUGGUUGGAGGAUGCUGAACUUGAUGACAUACGACAGCAAGCCGGGGUGGAAGAUCCUUUCUGGAUUCCAUCAUCAGGGAAGAGCAUGAAGCCAGUGGAUGAUGAUGAUUCUGUUACUGCUGCUCGAGAACUGAAAAUGCUUAGAACCGAGUUGAACAAAAUGAAGAGUGAUAUGGAAGAGUUAUCGCGCAAGAAGCAAGAGCCAUACAAUGGCAAUCGAAUUGAGGAAAUGUUUAAGGAAAUGGUGAAAUGGAAAGCUGAGACUGAUCAAAACCUGAAACUGAUUUUAACUUCUUGGAAGAGCAUGCAGGGAAUGUAUGAGGACUUAAUAACAUGGAAAGCGAAACUCGAGCAGCAGCUGGUGGAAAUUAAAAAUUUCUUAAGUAGUAUGCAAGAAUCUCAGCUACAACAUCCUACUUCCAGUCCUCAAGCUCAUGAACAGUGGGAAGAUUGGUUAGAGAGUACUAAACUCGAUGAUGGCCAGGGAAGCGAACUUUUACCAUGGUUCGAUAGCACUACUACUACUACCAGCCUUCUUAAUCUUGAGCAAGAUAUUGUGAUGCAAGAUCUCUACUCAUUCUUGCCUAUUCCUUCCAAGACCGGGGAUUGCCUAUCUCAAGGCGCUGCUUCUUCAAGAGAAAUGGAACGAUUGAAAGACAAAAUGAUAAAGGAUGGCCAGGAGUUUCCGAGAAAUCAGAAAGAAGAUCCUGCUAACGUGACACCCGAUUCUUCUAUUACUGCUAACUCCAUAUCAGAUUUCCACAAUUCAUCAUUUAUGUGUCAGGAAAUGUUUCAAGAGUUGUUUAAUUGGAAGGCUAAAAUGGAAGAGAAGGUGAAUGAAAUAGCUAGUUUUGUCAAUAUGAUUAGGCAUCCAUCUAAUUAUUAGAUUGGUUGGACAUUUUGGUGGGGGGUUUGAGAAGGAGGAGAGGAGGGUAUAGUGAGGGAGGGAUAUGAUAUGAUGAUUGGUUUUUUGUUUCCUAGUUGUUACUUAGUACUAGAUUUAGGAUCUUAACUUCUUAGAUUGUGUUAGCAUUUUUAACAUGAUGAUGAUCGUGAACAUGAUAUGCAUGAAUCAACUAACGAGUAGGACUGACUUAUAGCCAAGCUUAUCGGCUUAUGCUACUUGCUGCUGCUGAGCCUGAUGAUGAUAUGAUAUGAUACACUAUUACUUACUAGUUAGAUUUUAGUACUAAAAUACUAUGCUUGUCAAGUUUAUCAACAACCCCAAAAACCUUAUAUAUUAAUUUACAUGUUAUGUCAAGUAAA